GGAAAGCCGCGGUGCGGCCGCGCAGCGCGACACUCGUCGUAAAGCGGAGCCGCGGAAAGGACGGUGUCCACCCAACGCAGCGUACAGCUGACCCGCGCUGGCCACACCGCCGUGCGGCGAGAAAAGUGUCGUGAAAGGGCCGGGCGCGGUCGUGGCGCGGCCCCAUGCGGCGGGGCGCGGCGGCGGUGGCGGCGCUGCUGUGCCUGGGGGCCGCCUGCCUGCUGGGCCGCGGGUUCGAUCCUCGCGCCUGGCUGCCGCUGCGCCGCGGCCGCCUGCUGAGCGGCGCCGAGCUGGCCCGGUACCGUGGCGCGCCGGGCGACCCCGGCCUCUACCUCGCCGUGCUGGGCCGCGUCUUCGACGUGGAGCGCGGCCGCAAGCACUACGGCCCCGGCGGUGCCUACAGCGGACUCGCAGGGAGAGACGCCACCAGAGCAUUCGCCACCGGCGACUUCUCCGCGGCGGGGCUGGUGGACGAUGUCUCGGCGCUGUCGCCGGGCCAGAUGCUGUCCGUCCAGAGCUGGCUGUCUUUCUACAGCGACCACUACGAGCCCGUGGGGAAGCUGGUGGGCAGGUUCUAUGAUGAGAAUGGGGCACCGACAGAAGCUUUAAGGCAGGCUGAGGAUGCCAUUGAGGAAGCUCUGAAGUUCCAAGCAGAAAGCGAGCAGAGGAAGCAGCAGUUUCCUCCAUGCAACUCAGAAUGGAGCUCUGCUGUGGGGAGCCGAUUCUGGUGCUCCAAACAGAGUGGGGGAGUGAGCAGAGACUGGACCGGGGUCCCUCGGAAGCUGUUCCUCCCAGGCUCCAGGGGCAGCCGCUGCGUGUGUGUGAGGACAACUGGGCCCCCGUGGGGGCAGCCGGACUCCAGCGAGCACCGCGACAGAGGCGACCUGGAUAACCCUCAGCUGCGGGAAUACAGCGGCUGCCCCCCGCUGGCUGAGCAGUGCGUCCUGAGGCAGUGACUCCCAGCGCUGGGUUCGAGGCCGGCGUUAGGGCCCUGCAGCGAAACGUGCGUUCCGUGGGCAGCUCCGGGUGCGUUCCUCUCCAUCUGCAUGAAGGGGCAAUAGCAACCGCCCGUUAUUUGUGACUCUUUACCGUGUGGAGACGGAGUUGAGAGGAGGAGGAAACACUUCAGCCGAAUUAGUGGCUAAAAAAAUCGAUACUGGGAUACUUUCUUUGUGCUUCAUUCUGAUGGUAUUUUUACAUCUGGCAACAAACUGUAAGAUGCAAAACCUGAAUUAUACUUAGCAACUGAUUUCUUGUGCAGUCAGAUGAUUUCGUGCAAUGUGUUGUGUUUUAAGGCAUCCAGGUUGUGAGCACAAGAACUGCUGCAGCAUCUCUGACCCCAGUUUAUACACAGUCCACCAGUCUGAACUCUGCCUGCUGCAUUGUAGUGCUGAUGCUCCUUCCAGUCAAUUGAUUUACUGCAAAGUUUAAAGGUAGCAGGGAGAAGCCUGAAUGUCUCCUACAAUUAAGGUAGUUAGGAUCUAGGAACUUGUGCAUCUUGGUUACACGCAAACUUUAUCAAAACCUUGGAGUACAGAAGGCAAAGGUCACAGCUGUAUUUCCUCAUUUAGUGUUUGUAUUAGAUACUGUGCAAAGAAGAUAGUGGGAGCCACCUCUAAGGAUCCUUGUUUAAUAUUAACCUCACCCUCCUGCUCCUGAUUCACUACUUUCAGACUACUCGAAUGAGGAGCUGGUACUUCUCAAUAGGUGAUAACAAAAGCUAUGUGGCAGCAUGACCAUCCUGCUGUAACCUGCCUCCUGCUUCCAUGGCACCUGUACGUGCCCAGUACAUGCCCUUGGGACUACAACCCAAGGCUGGGUGUAUCCUCACACAGCUCCUUCAAGUCUGUACAGAUUUUAUCACAGCUGUAAAUUCAGCGAUACAAGCAUUGCUUUGGAGUAAUCCCUUCAUGGCAGCGACAGCAGGAGUUCGCAGCAAUGAUGUUUAUAGAUGAGGCUACAGCUGUGGCUGGGAGCACAGAGCUGGAAUGCCUGAGCACUAUGCAAAUAGUGCUGAAAUGCUGCAGGGAUGGUUCUCAUCUUAACAGCCACACCAAAACCAAAUAAGCUGCUGCAGGAAGGAAAGACAAGAUGGUGCUGCUUUAACUUCAGUUGGUUGAAAACCAAUUCACAGCUUAGUCCAUAGUAGUGUUUGGAAACACUACAGGGGGAGUUUGUCUUGCAGUAGGGAUAAAUCAUCUAUUAAAGCAAACAUGGAGACUCCCUUAGAAACCUGACGUGUUCCCAAAGCUCAGCUCGAUCCUCCCAGGGUAGAAAAGGGUGGGAAAGAAUAGUGACAGUUACACAGGGG